AUGACGCUCAAGGAGGAAUUCGCGACCAGAAACUUCAGCAUUUACGGCCAAUGGCUGGGCGUCUUGUCGAUGAUCUUGUGCUUAGCACUGGGCAUCGCCAACAUCUUCACCAUCCAUCUCCUUCUCAUCAUCUUCUGCGCGCUCGCCUUGGCCUCUGCGCUGGUGAUCCUCUUUAUUGAGGUCCCUCUGUUGCUCCGAAUCUGCCCUACCUCGGCCACGUUUGAUGGCUUCAUCCGCAAGAUCUCGACCAACUACAUGCGCGCCGGAGCCUAUGCCGGCAUGGCUGUCAUUCAGUUCCUCAGCACCAUCAUCGUUACCAGCAGUCUGAUCGCCGCUGGUGUGUUCCUGUCGCUGACGGCCAUCUGCUACCUUCUCGCCGCCGUCAAGGGCCAGGCCUUUGUCGGCAGCAAGACGCUUGGUGGCCAGGGUGUUGCCCAGAUGAUUGUCUAG